CCCGCUUGUGCGCUUCGCGGGUCGCGUGUGGCUGUCAAACGUAUUUUCCCAAUUCCCUCUUCCCCGCUCCCUCCCCCUUGAGGAUCGAACCAUUCCCUUGCUUACCUUGCUGCUUGGACCCAUUUUCGGAGCGAGCUCGCGCGCGCGCUGCCCUCUUCUUGGUCUUGUUGCCUGAUAUCCGGUCGGUCGUGGUUGUGAUCGGUUCAGCCCAUCGUCCGGUCAGGGUCUGGAUCUGCCCAUUUUUUUUUGCCCCAUCCCUUGACCCACCAUCCAUUCAGCCGCCUUUGCGUGUCUGAGAUACAUAACAUCCUCCGUCUCCUCGACGCCGUCAGAUUCCCUCCCUUUUUUUUUUUGCCUCUCUCCAAAGAAGUUCUCUUGUUCUUGACGCAUCGUAUUUGCAGCCUCGUCCCCACCGCCAUCAUGCAUCGCCGCCCGGUGCUGGCGGUCGUUCUCUGCUGCUUUAUCACUCAGAUCCCAGCCGGCUGGUCCGUUCAAACCCAGCCCUGGGACGUCGUUUACACGCCCGACGGCCCUAUCCAAGGCUCCCUAGACCUGCAAACGGGCGUGGUGGGCUACCGCAGCAUUCCCUAUGCUGAAGCACCCGUCGGUCGCCUUCGCUACGCCCCUCCCGUUCAACGCCAGCCCUGGUCCAAGGUCCACGACGGCACCCAACAUGGCCCCUCGUGCAUCACCAGUGGUGAUCUGACUUUUGCCCGUGAUCGUGAGGAGGCAGCAGCUGACUGCUUGACCGUCUCCGUCUACACCCCUCCCGGCUUGAACAUGUCGGCCCAGCCCUCCAAGCCCGUCAUCAUCUACCUCCACGGCGGUGGCUUUAUCAUGGGCAGCUCCACGUAUGACAUUAUCAGCCCCUAUCCCGCUGCCUUUGUGCGCGACACGGAUACCAUCUUGGUGCACGUGCAGUAUCGCCUUGGUCCCGCCGGCUUUGUGGCGCUGCCCGAAAUGACCGAAGAGCACGGUUACGCGGGUACCCUCGGUCUCCUUGACCAGCGCCUUGCCAUGCAAUGGGUCCAGCGCAACAUUGGCGCCUUUGGCGGUGAUCCCUCGCGCGUGACCCUCAUGGGUGAAAGCGCCGGUGCCUUCUCCAUUUGCUUCCACAUGGUGGCGCCCCAAAAUGCCGGUCUCUUUCAGCGUGUCAUUCUGCAAAGCGCCAUGUGCGACUUUCAUUUCCCCACCCUCGAGGAGGGCUACGAGCAAGGUUACCAACUUGCUGAGGCCUCGGGUUGUGCCACCCCCAAAGACGAUGCCGAACAAGGUCAAGCGGCCAACGACACCUCCUCAGUGCUCGACUGCCUUCGUUCCGUCGACGAGCCUUUUGUGCAGGAAGUGCUUCCUCACCGUCGCGGCCUCCUCAUGCACACGGGCGUGCGUUGGUUCCCCGUCAUGGAUGGCGCCUACAUCAGCCAGCAACCCAUCGACCUGAUUCGCCAAGGUCAAAUGCUGGACGUUGACGUCAUCAUUGGCAGCAAUGCCGACGAGGGCACGCUCUUUGCUCUCAUCGCUUACAAGCUUGUCAUCUUCCCCUCGGCCUGGCCCGAUCUGCUCCGUGCUACCUUUGAGCCCGACAUGGCUGAUUUCUUCCUCAAUGCGCUUCCGGAUGAGUGGAGUGCCCACCACAAGCUGACCACCAUGUUUGACAAUCUGUUUGCUUGCUCCGUCCGCCGCAUGGCUGGUCUGAUUGAGGAGAACAGUGGUCCUGAUACCCAGGUCUACCUGUACAACUAUGCCAUGGUUCCUACCUCUCAGUGGUGGCCCUUCUCCGGCAUUGGUGCUUUCCACAGCUCGGAACUUCUCUACCUCUUCAACGGCGACGAUACGAUGCACGCUGGUGAACGCCGCGUUGCCAAGAAGCUUCGUCAUUUCUGGGGCGCCUUUGCGCACGAUGCCCACCUGAAUCAGUCUCACUUGUCCGCCGGUGCUGGCGCCCCCGCCUGGCCCGCGUACACAAAGUCGAGCCCCAACUUUUUCCGAUUCGACUUUGACGGUCGCGAUCCCCACCCCGUGCUUCGCGAGUCCCUGCAACCCCUUGAGCAGCUCCUGGCUCGCCGCAAGGUCUUUGCUGAUGGCCAGCACAGCGAGGAGCAUCCUCAUGAGCUCUGCGAACUUUUUGACGCGCUCGUGGAUGAGAACGGCUACGUUCAUCCUCCUCGUCCUUAUGACGAGGCCUGGUAUUCGUGGUUUCUCAACAUUCCCGUGAUCAUUGCCAUCGAGUUUUUGGUGAUGAACCGCCUGAAGCUCGCCGCCAUCGUCUUGGCAGCCAUGGCUUUUUACGCUUACCGUCGCCGGAGUCAGGCGCUCGAUGACCCUAAGAAGGUCCAAUAGCUACAGCAUUACAAAGCUGUGACUGCCUUAGGAUUGCCAUUUUCUUUCUUUCUUUUUUCUCUUUCGUUCUUUCAGUUUCUCUUGCGUUAUGUCAGAUUUAUUCCUUAUUUUUGUUUUCUUGGCGUCGUGAGGCCUGUUCGAGCCACAGCUCCUCACUUGAUGCCGCGACGUUCCUUACUUAUGUCUGUUCAGUUACUUUCUUCUUCUUCUUUUUUUUUCUCUCUCUUCGAUUCGUCGCGUUCUUUUCGUUCUUCUUUUUCGGCUGUCUUUGAUGCUGCGCGUGCAAAGGUGUGUCGCCCAUGAGUACGUGAUUUGGAUUCAAAAAAAUCGACUUUUGACUUCC